AUGUGGGAGAUAUUCAAACGAUUGGGCCGCGAACCAGCCGCUAACUCGAACAUCGAGAGUACUUACUGGGCCAUGGGGCCAGAUCGAGACGCGGCACAGGAUACCACCCACAUCAAUGAUAUUAUCGCCGCUUGGAGAGCAACAGUCAACGCCGACCAAGGAGCAGCGUUGUUGAAUACUGACAGAGAUCCGACAGUGCAGGCCCUCGCCACGACCCAGGUCGUGCCAGGUCCCAAUCAACUGCAGCCAGCUGCGCAAACACUGGCGAACUCUCUGAAUGAUCCGCAAGCCUGGAGCACCCGUGCACAAGAUAUUGUUCAAGAAGCCGUUGACCUUGCGGCUCAACUUUGCGUCCAGCUCUCGGAAAGACAGCGAGCUGAGCUUGCCGUUCGCAACGCUGGCCCGGCUGCAGCUGCAGCCGCCGCCGUCGCUGCCGCCGCGAACCGAGGCGCUCCAGCCAACGCGCCAAACGUGCCAGCACCUGUGGGCGCUGGUCAGGGUAACCUGGCUCCCAACCCACCACAAGCGCCUGCUCAAGUCCAACAGAUGGGAAUGACAGACCUCGCGCUCAACAGCAAUGCUCCCAAUGCCCAACAAUGA